AUGUUGCAAGAAGUCAGUGCCGGCUAUGCAGUUGCUGGUGGCGACGCUGGGCAUUUGUUCUCAACCAACGGCAACGGCAUCAGCAUGCCUGGACAGAGCAUCCCGUUCUUGCAAGACCCUGACGAAACGACCGAAUGGAUUCACAAUUCUGUUGCAUCGAUGACGCCGCCAACCAAGGCGCUGACAGAAAUCUUUUACGGAAAGAGCCCCUCAUAUUCUUAUUAUGCAGGCUGCUCGACUGGCGGUGCACAAGGCUUCGCCCUUGCCCAGUAUCAUCCGGAGCUUUUUGACGGAAUAUUUGCUGGGUCUCCAGGCAACUGGUACAGCCACUUGAUCCUCAGCUUUCUGUGGAACUAUCUCCACGCGCAAAAAGCCUUUCUGGACCAGAAUACUCUCAAUUUCAUUACAAACGCGACCUUGAAGAAAUGUGAUGGCCUCGAUGGUCUCGUGGAUGGUGUUAUUGCAGAUCCGCAGAACUGCCACUUCAAUAUCUCGGAAAUCGAGUGCACAGCUGGACAGGCACGUAACAACAGUCAAGGGGUCCAGUGCGUCACGUCUGCAGAAGUGGCCACCUAUCAAGCAAUCAGGGCCGGCCCGAGCGAGGCUGGCACCGGCCGAAAAGUGUAUCCAGGAUUCGACUUCGGGUCAGAGAGCUCAUGGCUCCUUCAAGAAGCGGAACUGGCUCUUAAUUUCUCAGUCCCGAUCCUUCAGAACUUGGUGUACAACAAUCUGUCGUACGACUACAUCUCGUACAGUUUCAGCUCAGCUCAGCUCAAGGCCAUCGAUUCCAAGGCUUCCCCUCUUAUCGAUUCUAUCUCUCCCGACCUUCGGGCGUAUAAGAACAGAGGCAAGUUGCUCGUUACUCAGGGUUGGGCGGAUGCAUACAAUGCAGCGACAUGGCCAAUCCAGCAUUUUGAGCAGACUAGCACAUUUCUCUCGUCGAACGGUGUCGCUGCCGGGAAUGCUUCAGAUUUCUAUCGAUUGUUCAUGAUUCCGGGAUAUGGCCACUGCGGUCCAGCGGCUGCUUAUCCGCAGAUACCCGGCACUGUCGACACUUUGGGUACCCUGACAUCCUGGGUGGAGAAAGGAACUGCGCCUGUCGAAAUUCAAAGCACAGGACCUGCUGAUGGAACGAAUCGGACCAGGAAGCUGUGUGCUUGGCCGGCGACUGCGAAGUACGUGGGGAAGGAUCCAAACAACUGGGAGUCUUUCCAGUGCGUCGAGUAA